UUGGUCCCUAACCGAACGUGAAUGAUUGUUUAUGGAAAUUUUUUUUCCUCAAUGGUAGCUGACAUGAAGGUUAAAUAUUGUAAAAGAAAGUUCCCGUAAAGCGGACACUGCACACAAGGAUUUGAAAUUCGAGAUGAUUUCGGACAGUGUUUUUUCCCUGAGAGAUGAAUGGGAACUUCUGAGUAAAGAGUUCAAGACAUUAGAGGGCCAACAGAAAGAAUAUACAAAAGCUAUAGAAGAACUUGGCAAAUGUCAAACUCAAUGCAGUAAAUCAGUUUCUCAUCAGUGGUAUCGAUUGAAGCAAAUAUCUCACAGCUUGCAAAAAUGCAAAGUAGAAACAGAAGAAGAAAAGCAAUUAAAAGCUUCUUUGCAGCUAGAAAUUGACCAGCGCAAGGUCCAACUAGAAGACAUUCAGUCAGCUUUACCAAGAAGCAAUGAUUUAUACUUGAAGAUAAUUUUAGGUGGUGUGAAUGUUACAAUUGUAAAUAAAGAAGACAGUAUAAUAUAUAAAGAAGAAUAUGAAAGAUUCAAGUUAACAGUUACUGUAAUAAUUCUAAUUUUGUCUGCACAAAGCAUACUCUUUUCAUACAGAGCUCUUGAUGCCAUUCUUCAUUUCCUUCUGGUGUGGUACUAUUGUACUUUAACAAUCAGAGAGAGUAUAUUAGUUAUAAAUGGAUCCAGAAUGAAAGGUUGGUGGAGAAUAAAUCACUUUAUUACAACUAUUCAGGCUGGAGUUAUUAUAGUAUGGCCUGAUGGUUUCAUGUAUGAUCAGUUUCGAAUGCAGUUCACACUUUAUACAUGUUACAUAAGUAUCCUACAAUUCCUGCAGUUUAAUUACCAACAAGGAUGUUUGUAUCGAUUGAGGUCUUUAGGUGAAAGGCAUAAAAUGGAUAUAACAAUUGAAGGUUUUCAUUCUUGGAUGUGGAAGGGAUUAAGUUUUCUGCUACCAUUUCUUUAUAUUGGAUAUAUUUUCCAGUUGUACAAUGCAUAUACUUUAUAUCGUUUAAGCAAAGAUGAAAAGUGUGUAGAAUGGCAGGUGUUUUGUUCAGCAGUAAUAUUCUUUAUUUUGUUUAUCGGAAAUACAUUCACCACAUCAAAAGUCAUUCACCAGAAAUUGACCGAAAAAAUUGUCGGCACCUUAGUUCCUGAAAAGGAUAGUUGGAGUAAGAAAUUAAAAUAGUUUAUUUGUGAAAUCGAUGUAUAUUUUUAUUGCUCGAAUAGUGAUAUGUAAAUACAUAACUUUUUUUUGUAUUUAACAUGUUUGUGACAAAAAAAAAAAAAAUGUUUACUUUUCUUUAAAAAAAAAUUUGCAUUUCUAACAUAUUUUUGAUGUGCAUUUCUUUUAAUCUAUAUUUAUAAAUUAUUUAUUUAAAAACUGUAUAUUUUGUAAAUUAGGCGAUGUAUUAUGCAAUGAUAUACAAUUUUUGUAUGAUAUAAACAAAUAUCUAUGCAAAACUAAAGUUUUGAAAAUGGCUUUAAAAUUUCAUGUUUAAAAUAAAACUUAUUAUCAAAACAAGAUCUCCAAACCAGUAUUUUGCAAAGUGCAAAACUAGUUCGAGUUUUAUUAAACUUUGUACCUAUUAAUAUUUCAUUCUUAUACUUGUUAAAUAUGCACUAAACCAUUAUGUUAUCUAUUUUAUAUGCAUUUUCUAAAAACCUUUUCUCUUUGUUAGUAGAUUAUUAGUGCUAAAAAUCUCUGUUUAAUGACUUUUAAGAUCCUCAGAGUAGUACUUAAUGACUAAGAACGUUCUUUGGGCAGAAAAAAAAAAUUAUACGUAAAAAAAAAUUAUUGAUUUUAAACAUAAAAAUCUCCCAACUUAAAUUAUGCAUAUCAAAUGUUUUGAAAUAAUAUUUUAUUAUUUUUUCUUGUAAUUAUCACAUAGUAUACAUAAAAUUUUUGUACUUUUUUUUUUCUUUUUGACAGUUACAGGGAAUUAAAUUCUUAUUUUUGGAAAGCCAGCAUUUUUGGAAAUGAUAAGCCUAGCAUUUCUACUUGUAUUUGGAAAUUUUAAUCACCAUUUUACAUCAUAAGACCUUUAAUGAUCAGUUAAUGAAUACUUACAGUGCAAUUUCAUUUUCAAAAAAAAAAAAAAAAAUCAUUUUAAACUAGUAUUUUGCACAUGACAUUAAAAACAUUUUAGUUGAAAUAUGUAAAUAUUUUUAAACAUUAUAAAAACUUUUAUGUUCUGCUUCAGGUUUUCGGGGAGUUGAGAUAACAAAAAAAGUGCACCAACUCGGUGAAUGAAACCCUCAACCAGUGAACUGAGUUUUUCUAGUCAUUUUCUUUUUGGUAUUACACAGAAGGACGUUAAAAUCGAAGAAAAAAGAAAUUGAAUCCUAUUAUUAUUUUUUUUUAUAAUUAAAAUCUGUUCAUUCACUGGUCAGUCGACUAAAAAUCAAUAUUGGGAAAGUUUUCUGAUUCUCAGAGGAGAAUAAAAGCAAAUUUAUUAGUCACCAUUUAUUUUUUAUCCUCGUUACAUUUAGGUCAACCAAAAAAGUAAGUUAACAACAAAUUGUAAUUUUAAUGAAGUUUAUCAUGAUUAAUUUGUGGUACAGUAAACUCCCGACUGUCCCCAAGUCAUUCAACAACCAGGAACAUUGGUAUCAGGUAUUUGUGCAGCAAGAAGUAAAAACAAUGGUUGUUUUGUUUUAUUUAUUAAAUUACUUUUUGCGCUUUCUUCAUCAUACAUGCCCUUGUUCUUUAUUGAUAAGUUCUGUUGUACAAAAGUACAAAACAUUUUUACUGUAUUGCAUAUAUUUUCAUUGUACAAAGUACUAUGUAUCAAUGCAACUGUGUUUUUGAGGGAGAAUCAUUUUUACCUUUCUUGUUCCUUCAUUUUAGCCUUUUUGUGGUUUAUCUGCAAUUUUAAUUUUUAUUGUCCGCCAUACUUGUGCCACCCAAUUCCAUGGAUAAUCGGGAGUUUACUGAAUAAAUGUUAAUUUUAUUUUCAAGCGUUAACUAUGCAAACAAAAACAGGAUAUUAUUUCAUUUUUAAGAGGAAUAUUUUCUGACAACUUAAAACUGUUGGCACUAGUGGAGUUGGAGAGAGAGGCAACUGCUGAUUUUCAUGGUCGACCACAUAUAUAUUUACAAAUGAAAUAGUGUUAAACCGAGCUUUUUCAUGAUAUAGUCAAUACUAUUCAUUUUUAAUAAAUUAUGAAUCAUAGGCAGAAAAUAAAAAUUCUUUGAACUUUUUAUUACUAGAAAUUAUUGAAUGGAGAUUCCUCCUCCCCCCAAUAUACAUAAUCAUUUAAAUUAGAAUGUAUUUCAGUUGUUAAUAAUCAGUGAGUUAUUCUUCCAGUAUUUUGUAAUGUGAUAGUAUUUUCCUGCUAUACUAUAUACCAAUGGAAUGUUCUCAUGUUGUAAUUAUUUGUAAACAUACAUUGGCUUGGUGCCAUAACUACUGUUUUGAAUUUAUUUAGAGUUUUUGUAUUUAAACUGAAAUAUUUUUUUACGUAAUGAAGGGAAACAAGUGGUUUAAAAAGGGAUUUUCUAUUAAACAUAUUUUUUUGAAAGUGGUGCAAAAUUUCAUUAUUCAUUUACUAAAAGUGAAAAAUAUUUUUUUGCUGAUAAACUUUAUACCAUGAAAGCAUUCUUAAAAUGUUUAAUGUAAAAUGUUUUUAUGUAACAAUGCCAAUUUUUUCCCAUGCAAAAAUAAAGCAAUCUGAUUACAAAAAUUGUGUCGUAUGCAUUUAAGUAAAAUUGCUCGUAUAGUUGCUGUGUAAAACAAAUGGGCAUGCAGAGGGGGAAGAGACACCUGUUGGCCCGAGCCUGAAGGGGGUCCAAUAUUUUAAAAGCUAGAGGUGAAAUACAAGGGUAAACAAUAUGGAGGGGGGCUCAGAAAAGUCAUUUGUGACAGGCCCCAAAAUUUCUGCGCACGUCCCUGACAAAGAAUUCUACUUAUAAAUCAA